UUUGCUAUUAAGAGCUCAGUUCAUCUUUAAAACGGAGCGUGGGAGGGAGAACGGCGGAGAGCAGCAGCCGGGAGGCCAAAAUGUUCAUCAGACGAGAAGGUAUAGUGAGCAUGGCUUGAUGCUGCAGGAAAUCAAGGUGAUCCGUGGGAGUGGAUCUGAUGGCCUCAGUGGAGUUACUCUACAUAGAUAAUAGAGGGGCAAGACCCGAUCCCCCUGGGGUACUGGAUUGGUCUUCUAGUCCUCUUCAUGUUCACAGGCUAAACAGUUCGGUGGAAGAAGCUUCUCCCACUCUGAAGGUGCCUGCCUGUGAGGGACAGUGUAAUUCAGCACCAAGGACGGCUCCCCUCAGAGGACAACAUGGCCAGCACCGCCAUCAUCCCUCAGAGAAGGUCAGGGUGUGUUGUGACGAGGAGCUGGAGACCUCGUUCACUUACAUUGAUGAAAACGUCAAUCUCCGGUUGGCCACCCCGGACACGAGCGAGAAAAGCGCUCGCCAUGCAACUUCGCUCCACGACUCCUCGAGCGAAAUACGUCCCGAGGGCCUCCAGGAGUUGUCGCUGAUGUCUGACAUCGAUCUCAGCUCGGAGAGUUCUGGGAAAUCCGUGGAUUAUGGGUUCAUCAGCGCAGUUACAUUCCUCAUCACCGGGAUCUCGCUGGUGAUCAUAUCGUACACGGUCCCUCGUGACGUCACAGUGAACCCAGACAAUGUCACCGCACGCGAAAUGGAAAGACUCGAAAACGAGAGUGCCAGAAUAGGUGCACACCUGGACAGGUGCGUUAUCGCAGGCCUUUGCCUUCUCACCUUAGGCGGAGUGGUGCUGUCCACUCUGCUAAUGAUUUCGAUAUGGAAGGGUGAGAUGUACAGGAGGAAAGCCUUUGCUUAUUCCAAGCACUCCGCAAAGCUCUACGGUUCGAUUAAUUUAAGAACAAGAUCGAGCCCCAGUCGCUCUUCGCCACCACAUAGUUUGGUCGAGGAGGAGAAUGGUAAUGCCAUUAGUUGACUGUUUUCUCCAGUUCUCUAUUGGACUGCCAACAUAACAUUGACCUUUCCAGCAUGGCCAAAAGAGCUUGUUUUCUGACCUUGUAUCAGUGGCAAUUGCUUACUGAUGCAGAAAAACCUAGUAUCACAUAACAGAUUUCUCAGGCUCCAGAAAUAUACAGCAUGAUAACAUUUGCAUUUGUCAUAAAGCAAGUUACUUUUUGAAUAAACAGAAGUUUGAAACUUCAGGUUGUGUGGCAGGAAGUUAAAUGAAGUUGCCGAUAGUAUUCAAACCCUUACUCUCCAAGCUGACAAUGUAAGAGCUAAAGCUGAUUUAGCUAAAGAAAUUAGUCCGGUUGUACAGAAUCCUGCUGCUAAUACUGACAGUCCUACUGCCUCUUUCUUACUCUUUCAGAAAACUGAAAUAUUCCCACUUCAUCCAUUUCAUUUAGUGCUACAGUCUCUGGUUUGGAGCAUGUCAGUGCAUUUAGAUGCUCAAAAAGCAUUGUCCUUUGAAACACUGCUAAAAUCCAAAUGUAUUUUUGGGAUGGUUUUGCCAUUAUUUUCUCACAUUGUCCUUGUUAGUUCAUGUGUGGAACAAGCCAUGCAGAAAUCUAAUACUUUUUUCCCCCAAGCACUAAAAUAUUUUAUAAAUAUUUAAUGGAGGAAGCUGCCACACAAUGAUUUGCCAUCUUUUGGAAAUUUAAAUCCAUCUCUCUGAGAGAGCAUAACCCCUGUAUCUUCACUGACACUAUAUACACUGUUGAACCUAAAGUAUGUAACAAGAUAUUGACACAGACAAGAAAAAAUAUAUUCUAUGCUCACAUAAGAAUACAAUCUGUUAAAUCUCUAUCAGUGCAUAUUCUGAUGAUAAAUGACAAUUCAUAAAACUCAUAACUGACUCACUUUCUGGUAUGAAAAUAAAAUUAUAUUAUUCUUGA